UUCUAUCAAUUUUAUAGCUUUCGGAGAAACCACGCGACACUGCAAAUCCCAGAGCUCAGAAAUGUCGAGGUUCGUCUCUUACUCCAGAACUUCCUUUCACUCACACUUUCCGUUUAGGGUUUUCUCUCACUCUCUACAUCGACUCAUUCCCAAUAAUAAUAUUAAUGUUGAUGAUGCCGUUUCCUCAUCCCAUCUCAUGCUAAAUAUGCGUUCUACUCCUUCCAUUGUUCAAUUUAACAAAAUUUUAGGGUUCCUUGUUAAGACUAAGAAUCAUUACACCACUGCCAUUUCCCUUUUUCACCAACUGGAACUCAAACAAAUUAAACCAACUAUUGUUACUUUAAACACUCUCAUCAAUUGUUAUUGCCACACUUGUCAGAUGGGUUUUGCCUUUUCCGUAUUAGCCAAGAUUCUCAAAAUUGGAAUUCACCCUGAUACCGUAACUUUGAAUACUCUUAUAAAAGGUUUGUGUCUUAACAGUAAGGUUCAUGAAGCUCUGCACUUUCAUGACCAUCUGAUUGCACAUGGGUUUCGGCUGGACCGAAUUACUUAUGGUACGUUAAUCAACGGGUUGUGUAAAAUGGGGGAAACUAGAGCCGCCAUGAAAAUGUUGAGACAAAUUGAUGGGAAGUUGGUCAAUGUCGAUGUGGUAAUGCACAACAUCAUAAUUGAUAGUUUGUGUAAAGAUAAAUUAGUAACCGAAGCCUAUGAGUUAUAUUCUGAAAUGAUUGCAAAGAAAAUUUCUCCCGAUGUUAUCACUUUCACUGCUCUUAUAUAUGGAUUUUGCAUUGUUGGUCAAGUGAGAGAAGCAAUUGACUCGUUCCAUGAAAUGGUAUCAAAAAGCAUCAACCCAAAUGAUUAUACUUUUAACAUAUUGGUUAAUGCACUUUGUAAGAAAGGAAAUGUGAAAGAAGCUAAGAAACUGUUAGCCGUGAUGACGAGAGAAGGUGUAACACCUGAUGUUGUUACAUACAAUUCAUUAAUCGAUGGGUAUUUCCUAGUUAAUGAAGUGAACAAGGCCAUAAAUAUAUUCCAUACUCUGGCUCGAAUGGGAGUGGCUCUUGAUGUUCAUUCUUAUAAUAUAAUGAUCAAUGGAUUAUGCAAGAGCAAAAUGGUGGAUGAGGCCAUCAAUAUCUUCAAAGAAAUGGGUAGCAAAAAUAUUAUUCCUAAUCUGAUGACUUACAAUCCCCUUAUUGAUGGCUUGUGCAAAUCAAGGAGAAUCUCCUAUGCUUGGGAGCUUGUUCUUGAGAUGCAAGAGAAUGGUCAACCAGCCGAUAUAUUCACUUAUAAUUCUUUAAUACAUGCUCUAUGCAAAAACCAUCAUGUUGACAAAGCUAUUGCAUUAGUCAAGAAAAUUAAAGACCUGGGCAUUCAACCUAAUAUGUGCACAUACAAUAUACUUCUAGAUGGACUAUGCAAAGGAGGACAACUUAAGAACGCACAAGAUGUUUUUAAGGAUCUUUUGAUUAAGGGUUAUAGUCUAGAUAUCCAAACGUAUAAUAUUAUGAUCAAUGGACUUUGUAGAGAGGGCUUGUUUGAUGAAGUAGAGUCCUUGUUCUCCAAAAUGGAAUACAGUGGUAUCAUUCCUGAUGCUAUAACUUAUGAAACUAUUAUCCGUGCUCUCUUUUAUAAAAAUGAGAAUGAAAAGGCAGAGAAACUUCUUCGUGAAAUGAUUACUAAAGGUCUACUUGUAAAGUAACUCUAGGUUCCUUACAGUCUGGAUGAUCUAAAUCAUAAUUUAUUCUCUCCUGAUUUGGACGUGAGAUCUUCUUCUUCCAAAUCAUACCCAAGAUCAUCAGGAUGAGAAUCCUGUUAAAGUCUAUUUUCUGGUUCUAUAGAUAUCUCUGUACUCAGUUGGACUGCUGGUAGGUGGCAAAUUAAAGAAACGACCAACAUCAUUCGAGGAUAUUUGAACAGCAUUUGAAUGUUCAUCAGUAUUUAGUUUUGAUUCAUAUGUACUAAGGACGAGGCUGUUGGAUUUUUAUUAAUGGCUUCUUUGAAUUUUAAGUUAUUUGUGCGAUGUGAGAGCUUUUGCCAAUGAAGAUUCAGAGACACAAGCCUAUGUACUCUUUGUUUUCUAUUAUUGAUUUGUUUCUUCCAUUAAUUCUAUCACACUCUCUGAAAUUAUGAAAUCUGUAUUUUACUCUAGAAUAUUUUCUAUCCCUAAGUAUAAACAAUGUGAAAAAUAUCUAGUUAAAGUCAAUUUCCUUUACACAAAAUAUGCAGGGCCUGAAGCUAGCAUUAGAUCACAUCAAGUAAACGAUUAUGCAGGUUUGUUAAAUAGCAGUUAUAAUGGUCCUAAAGUGUAGCAGAAUUUGAACAAUUGCUUCUGUUCUGUGAUAUUAUUUUGUACAAAGUGCUGUCAAAUAGUGACCAUGUCGCUGCUAUAGCAUUGUAGCGUAGCAGAGAUUGAAUAAACAGUUAUUUUCCUGGAUCGGUGAAAUAGAAAUACUGAUACUGAAAAGAAAUGGCCCAAAUUACCUAUGAUGGCGUGUGGUUUGUUACUGAACUUUCUGUGUUGAAGUUAUAGUAUUCGUCCCGCGUAAGUUGAGGUCGCAUAUUGUUUUAUGUCCUAGUUCUACUUGCUGGUAACAUUUUCUGAUGUUAUAUAUUUACUUUGAGAAAUGUGGUAAGACGUAGUUUGCAUACCGAAUAAUACAAUAAUAAUUAUUCUGAUUUAUGAAAUCUUUUGUUUGUUGUGUUUCCUCAUUCAUAUCCAAUGUGUGACACUACUGCUUUACAAGAUUUUACAGAUGAUUGUCAAGAAUUCUUGGCUUAAUACCUUUCUCAUUAUUAUUUCUUGUAUAUAUAGAGAUUACAGGGCUAUAGAGGUAAUUACACUAAAUAAUUACAUUUAAUCAAAACAAAUCAUUUUGUGAUUUGUUUCCCUUAUUCUAGGAACUAACCCUUAUUCUAAUAACAAAUCCUUAUUCCCACCCCCCCUCAAAUUGAUGCGGGUGGUCAAUGAGCAUCAAUUUGC